CUUACGAGUAGCACAACUGCCGGAACAAACUAGACAGGAACAGGUAUUCCUAAGAUGAAAACAUCAACGUCAUCAUGGUCGUUCCUGACCAUGAUAUCAAUCACGGCAAUCGCGUUUUCUAGCAUCAUCGAUGGAUUCUGCGUCGUGGCGUUCAAGGCCCAAAUACCCCUUCGUCCCAACAGCAGAGCUGGUGUCGUUGUAAACCGCGCCUCUCAAAGCAAUAUUAAUCUGCUCACAAAUGUUUGUGACACUGACAGCAGUAAUCGCCAUGUUCGCUGCGCCGUCCGUCACACCAGGCACUCCAGUCGCGGAUUGCCCCUCGCAGCUGCUGCCUCAUCGGACGACGGACCAGCCAAAAAGAAGAAACGCAAAACGAAGACUAAGACAAAAGCUGCGACCAAAAAGAAACGCAAAACCAAGGCUAAAGCGAAAUCCAAAGCAAAAGCGAAGGAAAAAAUGGUUGUAGCCAAAAAGAAGGAAACUGCCGCCGAACCCGUUGCUGCUGCUAAAACAGAAAUAAUCGAGGCAUCUCCACUGGAUGAUGAGGAGGUGAAGACGGUUCACAUUUCUGACAUGCCUGUAGUGGUAGUCCGUGACAGUGACAAUGCUAUCGUAGAUACUGACGAACCUUAUGUCGGACCCCGUCCCAAACUUCCCGAUGCAUUCCAAUUCGAUCUGACCGGUGGUCGACCCGGAACGAUCAUCGAAUCUGAGGCUGAGUUAGAAGAAAAAGAUCAAAUUAUGAAGGAAAUGGAAAUCAACGAUGCCAGCAAAACAGGACGCAAAAAGUAUCCCAAAUGGUUGAAGAACGAUUAUGGAUUUUUGCAAGAGGACGAAGAUGCGGAGUACGACAACGACGAUCCCGAUGCUAUCGAUGGAUCGACUUUAGGUGACUACGAUAUUACAGACUUGAACACCAAGUUCGAUUGGGAAUGGGAUCCUAAAACUGAUGAAGAUCCUAAUCUCCUAGAGACACAAAUUAAGAACGAUAUCCUUCCAACUGGUAGGUAUCUCGCCGAAACAGAAAAGGAUGAAGAAGGGAUCGAAGUUGGUUUCGAUUCGUUGUUUGGAGUCUCCAAUCCCAUUGAUGAACGAACCAAAAUUGGAACAAUAGACAGUUAUAUGGUUGAUGAGAACACUCGAAACGAGGACAUGUUGACACCAGAGUUCCUUCCUGACGAUCCCGAAAAAGCCUACAACGAAGAGAUUGUUCAGUACCGCAAGUCGAUGGAUAUCAUCGAAACGUACCAAGAUGAGUUUUUGCCCGAAAACAUGCCCGUCCCUCGAAAUGUGGCCAAGUGGUAUGGUUAUCCCGAAGAGUUGUCACUACCGCCAAAGAACUACACAAACAAUAGGUUCACGAAAGAGGAAGAUCUUACCAACUUCGACGAGAUGACUCCGUUCCGCGCCAAACAGAGGGCGGUCGAGUUAGCACGAUCCAACAACGCAGAAUGGAUGCCAGAUGGUGUGUCACAAGCUUGGCACCAAGCACAGCGUCAACCUUACGAAGCACAACAAACCCUCGUCGGGACGUUACGUAAGGGGCACUGUGAUCCCGAAACCCACGAAAUGAUCAAGCCCGCCCUUCAGGUUUUGGGGUCUUGUGCUGAGUUACUGAGCAUCGAGGGCGAGGACAACACAAUCUUUCGAUUCCAUUACCACGGACUAAUGAAAAACAAAUACGGUAUGUCAUGUUGGACCGAAACUCUUAUCCGAGAUUGCGGAGUGGAUGUGACGGGAGUCGUCUUUGAGACGGGUUUUCGAGCCCGAGAUCCGGCAUACGACGGCGGAUUUCCGUAUCACGGAUGGGAAUAAUGAACGAGAAGUGAUGACACUAAAAACUACUUGUAGUA